AUGGACCCUGAUACAAUUGAUACAUACCAGAAGGACGUUCCUGGGACGGUCUACUUUGUCGAUGUCUAUAAGAAUAAAGUCGACGAGCCCGAGACUCCUGUUCAGCAAGAUAUCGUUCUCCUUCCUCGUCCUCUAGACACACCGAGGGACCCAUUGAAUUGGCCCAAAUACAAGAAAAUAUGGAGCCUCGUCCUCGCCACCCUGUUCGCCUGCGUCAUGUCCUACGGUGAAAACAACCUAGGCGCAGCAUGGACCACAAUCUCUGAAGAAGCGGACGUGUCAUUGACGAACAUGAACGGCGGUUCCGCCCUCAAUUAUCUCUUGCUUGGGUUUGUGAAUAUUCUCUGGAUUCCCACUGCAAUGAAAUGGGGUCGCAAGAUUGUGUUUAUUGCUAGUAUGACUAUCAAUAUGGGUACCGCGUUGUGGAAUGCUUAUUUCCAGGGGACUGUGCAAUGGUAUCUCAAUUGUAUGAUUGGGGGCUUCGGGACAAGUGCUUAUCAGGCUAUUAUUCAGCUUACUAUAUUUGACAUGUUCUUCGCGCACCAGCGAGGUACGAGCUUAGCUUUUUACGUCUGGGGCCAACAGCUGGGGAGUAUCUUGGGCUUGAUUACCGGCGGUUAUAUUGCUGAAGGACCGGGCUGGAGAUGGAGUUGCAAGAUAGCUGCAAUUUUGAGUGGAGCCGUCGUUUUUCUGUUCAUCUUCACUUUCGACGAUUCUCUUUUCCCUCGUCAUGUUUUGGGAGAUGCCAGAAUCAAUCCCUCAUUGCCAACUACGCAGCCCGAGAACAUUGAGCAGAAUGUACCCCUGCGUGAAGUGAAUAAGAAAGAACAGCCCGAAACUAUGACUCGACAGGUUACUACAGGUGAAGGAGUUAUGGACCUUCUGCCACGUAACUACUGGCAGGUCCUUGUGCCUAUCCACAGAUUUGAGCAGGACAAAACAAGUUGGUUUCAGUACUUUCGUCGGCCAUUCUAUCUGUUUCUUUUCCCAAAUAUCAUUGUGGCCAGCGUAAUAUUCGCGUUCGCAUGCACCGCAGGGAUUGUCUCUUUCAACACAAUCUCCGAGAUCAUGACAGAAGACCCCUACAACUGGGGAACUGGAUCCACUGGCCUCAUGUUCCUUGCUGCGCUCGUAGGCUCUUUCAUCGGCAUGGGAACCGGCUCGCUCGGUGACCGCAUCGUAAUUCGCCUCGCUCGUCGCAAUAAUGGUUACAAAGAACCCGAAAUGCGCUUAUGGACUUUAGUGUUUAGCUUCAUCUACGGUGCUGUUGGUUACAUGAUGUAUGGCUGGGGCGCCAAUGCCGGCGAUUCAUGGGUUCUUAUCGCCAUCGGACUGGGUAGUAUGAUUUCGCAACAGAUCUCUGCAGCAAGUAUUGCAACAACAUACGCGAUGGAGUGUUUUGAAGGCAUCUCAGGGGAACUCGUGGUGGUGUUGGCUAUAUGCUCCUCGUGCAUCAACUUUGCCUUGUCAUACUCUGUUCAGCCUUUCAUAGAUGCGACCAACUAUGGUUAUACAUUUACGUUCUUUGGUUGUCUCGUUAUGGCAUCCAUGGGGUUGGCGGUACCUACGGCUAUAUGGGGGAAGUCAUGGCGUGGACGAUGCGCAGAGCGGUAUCGCAAGUUUAUUGCAGAGGCUGUUAUUGUGUGAUUCCUCUUGUUCCAAGGUUGGUCCAGCCUAGCUAUAUGGAGCUUUGAUCUCCUAUAUGUACGUGCAUGUUGGGCUGGGUUCAAUGCAACCAGCAUGGCUGCCUGCCUGGUGACGGGGUA